AGAGAUAGAUCAUGUAUAACGAGGUUGCUUCUUAUUGCUGACAUAAACAGAUAGAAGCCGCAGACACUAUCUUUUUAUGUACCCCACAGUGCAUAUGUCAACAAACCUAUUGUAUACGAAUAUCGAGCAAAUUUCGAUGUUCCUUCGCAUGGUAAACAAAGUCAGGAGAAGAGAAUUAUACAGUUUCUUUAUACAUGUAGGUACCUGUCACCGAAUGUAUGCUCUUGUUUACAAAUAUGCACGAGUGACAUAUUAGUUUUUUUUCGAUCGCAGAGUCUCUUUUACCCCUUUGAGACAUUAAUGACUGUGUACACAGUACUCAAUCAGUGUCUUCCCAGCUUUGAGCUUGCACAUAUACUAAUAUUCGCUCCGUAAAAAUUAUAAAAGUGCAAUAAUGCAUCUUUUUUCAAUAAGUAAUCGUGACCUAAGUUUCAUAUUACGGGAUGAUAUGAGUAAAACAUUUACGGAACAACUCCAAAUUUUAUCAGAUUCGUUGAUACAAAUGUAUGAUGACAUUAACUUUACCGAUUCACACAAGGAGCAGUUAAGCAAAAAACUCGGAUACAAUUUUUUGAAUAACUUCAGAAAAAGAGUGCGCGAACUUAAUAAAAAUGAUAAGAAUUACUUUCAAUUCAUCAAGAAAUUCGGAUCUUGGUGUAAUAGUGCAUUUGUGUUUAAAUACGAUGAAAGAGAUGUAAUUGAUGUUGACGUUGGCAUCGAUGUCGGUAAGUGUUACUUAUUUAAAUGAUGCUUGAGAGAUUGUUUUCUUUUAUGAAGAAGCUGAACUAUUUAUGCUUUUGUUGUAGUGGAAUGUUCAAGCUCAUAUUCACCGAUGUUGAAUAGUGUAUAUUUAUACGAACGUGUUAUAGUUUGUGUGAAUUUCUAUAUAAACGCGCACUAUGUAAGAGCUUUUUUGGUUUAUUUUCAGCUUGUAUAAACGAUCGUAUGCAUUUUAAAAUCGUGUAAGCUCUUACGAUUGCGCGUAAGAUCUGCACGCACUAAGACUUAUUGAGUUAAAUUCAAUUGAAAAAUACGAGUUUAUUGUUUUCUUUUCUAAUUGUUUUUUUUUAGAUCCUGCAGUAAAUAUUGGUGGGCGACCGGAAAUACCUUACGCUUUGUGCAGUGAUAGAACGAAGAAAAAAAAAAUAUCUGAACUUGCAAACGCAUUAAGCAUCGACGAAUUGUGCGAAAUUUUAAAAAAAAAACUUAAACAAGAUAAUAAUUUAUCAGGCAUGCAGUUAGUCGACUGCAUCUUUGAUAGUGACUGCGCUAAAAAAAUUAUUAAUUUUAUCAAUAAGCCAGAGCCACGAUCAUUGACAUGUGAUGAGGCUUUAGCAUUGCUCAUCGAAAACCGUUUAACUAAAGAAAAAUAUAAUAAUUUAAGAAAAAGUGCUAUCGAAGUUGGGCAUCACCUGUAUCCCUCAUACGAGAAGGUCCUCGAAGCGAAAAAAGCGACAUAUCCGAGCAAUAUCUACGUCAGUGAAACAAUAUGCCGAGUGCCACUUGAAGACUUACUACACCAUACAGUAAGGAGGCUGUUGAUGGCUCUAAAUUUAGAUUUUUCAGGAGAAAAUCGGCAACUUAAGUUUAUUGGAAAGUACGGCUUCGAUGGCACCAAUACUAAAAGUUACAAACAAAAAUCUGAUAACCCAGAAGCUUUUUGUAAUAGUGCUUUUUGCACAUCGUUUGUUCCGUUACAAUUGGUGGACCAAAUCACGAAUGAAGUAUAUUGGUUUAAUCCAAGACCGUCCUCGACUCGAUUUUGUAGACCUAUAAAAAUUUCAUUCGAAAAAGAGACCGCACAAACUGCAAGAGAUGAAGAAACUGAUUUGAAUAAACAAAUAGAAGUGUUACGAAAUUUUCAGUACGAAAAUGCAAAUAUUUCUUUUGAAUUGCAUUUAACUAUGAUUGAUGGCAAAGUCUGUAGUGCCCUAAAUGAGACGUCCAGCCUAACGUGUUUUGUAUGCGAAUUAACAAUUUCGCAUUUUAACGACUUAGAAAAAUUACGUGAUAUACCAAUUAAUGUUAAUUCGUUGAAAUAUGGGUUUUCAAUCUUGCACGCUCACAUACGAUUCAUGGAAUUAGUUUUACAUGUUUCGUAUCGUUUAGCCGUGCCAAAAAAAAAAAGACAAUGGAAAAUGAACGACAAAACACGACCUAUCAUAGAUAAAAAAAAAAAGAAGAUACAAGACGAAUUGCGUAGUGCUUUGGGAAUCACAGUAGAUGCUCCAACACAAGGCUCUGGGAACACGAAUGAUGGGAAUACUGCACGAACAUUUUUCUCUAAAAUUGAUAUCGUUGCGAAAGUUACAGGAUUUAAUGCUGUACUUCUUAAUAGAUUCAAAGUGAUCUUAGCAGUUAUAUCGUGUCAGAGAAAAAUCAAUACAUCUGCAUUCAAAGAAUAUUGUUGGAAUACGGCAGUGAUGUACACGAAAUUGUAUGAAUUUUAUUAUAUGCCAACAUCGGUGCACGUGAUAUUGAUUCAUGGUUAUCAAAUAAUGGACCACUUGCUUCUGCCUAUUGGGUUAUUGUCCGAAGAAGCACAAGAGACGAAUAAUAAAAAUUUCAAAUAUUAUCGACAAUUCAUGUCUCGAAAAGAUACUCGGUAAGCACAAUUUUACGCAUUCAUACAAAUUAAAACUCUCUACCAAUCCCAGAAGAUUAAGCAAUUUCACAUAUUCGUAUGUAUAAUGACAUUGAACUGUAUAAUUACCCAGAAAAGCUCAACUUGAUCGAGUAAAUAUUAAAAAAUUGGGGUCUCGCACAACUUUACACAAUCCAAAUAGACAUGCGAUUGAUAUUCACAUUACUGUACACUAAAUUAAUUGUAUUAUUACAGAGAACAUACUAAUGAAGAUACAUUUAACCGUCUACUUGCAAGCUCGGAUCCUUUCAUCACUCUAUCGCGAGCAAUGCCGAAAAAAAAAAUUGAAAAUCUAACGGA